AUGACUCCAAGAGAUACACUUACUAACGAAAAAUCACCAUUACCAGGGGUUCGCGCAGUUCUCAACGGGAGAGAACGCACGACUCCAGAGGGAGGUGCAGGGGCUGCCAAAAUAGAACUUUGGCAGAGCGCAGUCGCUAGAAACACAUGGCCAACAAAAAGGGAUAGCUCUGUCGGUGCGUUGCAGGGAUAUGGGGUUUUCAAGGAUCAGACGAAAUCCGUUAAUAAUCCACAUGCUUCGACGGUCAAGCAGGUGGCAGAUAUUGGGUUGCCCACCAGACAUCUACGUUUGCAAAUUUUAACCCUAACUGCGUCGGAAGCAAAUAUAUGUGCAAAGCUGUUGGAACCUGCCAAAGAAAUGUUGGAAAGUUUUCAGUUUUAUCAGGAUAGAAUUAAGUUUGGGCUGACUAAGAAAUAUAUACGUUUUCUCGAGGAUCAUAUUAGCAUAUCUAUAUACGAUCCUACUGAUCAGUCACGUAAACUGCUCCCUCCCACAAACGCAAUCGUUCAUAAGAUUAUAAAUGUGAAUCAUAAGAUUGUUGUGCUGGGCCAGUCACGCCAUUUAACUCCAUUGUUUCUGAUAUAUGAUUUUUUACCUAGUAUAUGGAAGCAUGGUGCUGAAUUUCCCACCCCCAGACCUGCAAACCUAGAGUUUGCAUGUUGUGCCUCACCUGAUGGAUCGAUUUACAUUGCGGGAGGAAAUGAUAAUGGUCUCAAUGAACUUCGUGAAGCAGCAGUUUAUAAAGUAGAUGAAGACAAGUGGGAGCUUCUUCCUAAGAUGCACCAGGGAAUUUACAGCUGUAGGGGUGUUUUUAUUGAAGGAAUGUUUUAUGUCAUUGAUAUUAAUAGAUGUCAAAGAUUUGAUCCCACCACAAGAGCAUGGACAACAAUAAAUAUGUCUAUUCCUAAUUCUUGCCUCGAUGUUAUGUAUGCCUUUCAACGACUAAUUGCAUUUACAAGUAAAGGAAUAGAGCAAUAUGAUUGGGAAGGAAAUUUAUGGAGGCAAUUGGAAACUCUCCCUCAACACCACCCUGUUUUAAAUGUUUGUGCCACAGUGUCGUAUGAUCGAAUUUUAUUUUGUGGAAUUUUUCGUAAUCCUGAUAUCUAUAUUUGUAAACUGUAUAUGUAUAAACCUGGAGCACCUUUCUCUGAGAGGUGGAUUUCUGUUGACCAACCCAAUAGUUUUCUGGAAGCGAUGGUUCAAUCUAUUGCCACCAUUGAAAUUUAA